AUGGCUUUCUCUCCUUCUGUCCCCCCCCCACUUCUUUCUACACCACAGCCUUUGCAGAUAGACGAUAACUUCUGCGGCCAGGACUUCAACCAGCCUCUAGGGGGCACCACGGCCAUCGAGGGCAUCCCGCUCUACGUGGACAAGGACGACGGCAUGACCUCCGUGGCGGCCUACGACUACCGCGGGCACACCGUCGCGUUCGCCGGCACUCGCAGCGGACGCAUGAGGAAGAUCCUGGUCAACUCCAUUUCCCAGCCUGCACUGCUGUAUGAGAACGUGGUGGUGAGCGACGGGAGCCCCAUCCUGAGGGAUCUGCUCUUCAGCCCGGACCACCAGUACUUGUACGCCCUCACCGACAAACAGGUCACCCGUGUGCCGGUCGAGAGCUGUGAGCAGUACACGUCAUGCGGAGCCUGUCUGGGGUCCGGAGACCCUCACUGUGACCAACGCGUGAUAAAGUUGUAUCUGAAGUCGAAGGAGACGGGGAAGAAGUUUGCCAGCGUGGACUUUGUCUUCUACAACUGCAGCGUCCACCAGUCAUGCCUGUCCUGCGUUAAUGGAAAGUUCCCCUGUCACUGGUGCAAGUAUCGCCACAUGUGCACGCAGGACGCCAGCGACUGCUCCUUCCAGGAGGGCCGAGUGAACACCUCCGAGGAGUGUCCUCAGAUCCUGCCCUCCACCCAGAUCUACAUCCCCGCCGGAGUUAUGAGGCCCAUCACCCUGCUGGCCCAGAACCUGCCCCAGCCCCAGUCGGGACAGAGGAACUACGAGUGCAUCUUCCACAUCCAGGGCAGCACGCACAGCGUCCCGGCGCUGAGGUUCAACAGCUCCAGCAUUCAGUGUCAGAAGACCUCGUACGACUACGAGGGCGGCGACAUCAGCGACCUGCCGGUUGACCUCUCGGUGGUGUGGAAUGGAAACUUUGUCAUCGACAACCCCUUCAACAUUCAAGCUCACCUGUACAAGUGCAGGGCGCUGAGGGACAGCUGCGGCAUGUGCCUGAAGGCCGACCCCAGGUUCGAAUGUGGCUGGUGCGUCCAGGACAGGAAGUGCUCCCUGAGGCAGGAGUGCACCGGAGGAGGGAACUCCCACCUCCCCCUGCAGCUGGCUGAAGGCGGAGGGUGGAUGCACGCCACGUCUGGAAACAGCCGCUGCACCCACCCCAAGAUCACCAAGUUGUUCCCCGAGACGGGGCCUCGUCAGGGCGGAACCAGGGUGACCAUCCUGGGGGAGAACCUGGGUCUGCAGUUCAGAGACAUCCAGAUGGGCGUCCGGUUGGGGAAGGUGCCCUGUGUGCCUCUGGAGGAGGAGUACGUGAGCGCUGAGAGGAUCGUGUGCCUGCUGAACGACGCCACCGGCUACAGAGUCCAGGAGGCUCAGGUGGAGGUGUGCGUGAGAGACUGCGUCAACGACUACAGAGCGCUGUCGCCGAGGCCCUUCACCUUCGUGACUCCAUAUUUCACCCGUAUCCAGCCGUCUCAAGGACCCAUUUCAGGCGGCACGCGGGUCACCAUCGAGGGAAGCUACCUGAACGCUGGCAGCUACGUGUCCGUCAGCAUCGGACCGCAGCCCUGCUACUUCAAGAAGAGGAACGCCCGGGAGAUCGUGUGCGUUACGCCGGCUGGACUGGCACCAGGCAGCACGUCGGUCUUGGUGGACAUCGACGACGCCGAGCUCAGAAACCCCGAAGUCAAGUUUAACUACACCGAAGACCCCACCGUCCUGAGGAUCGAGCCUGACUGGAGCAUUGCCAGUGGUGGGACUCUGCUGACAGUGAGUGGGACCAACCUCGCAACCAUUCGAGAGCCAAAGAUCAGGGCCAAGUACGGCCAGGCAGAAUCCUUUCAUAACUGCACCGUGUACAACAACUCGGUCAUGGUGUGCCUCGCUCCGUCGGUGGCGGACUCGGAGCUCGGCUUUUCCGAGACCGGCACCGGCCCGGAUGAGAUCGGGUUCUACAUGGACAACGUGAACGCUCUGGUGGUGGUCAACGAGACAUUCAGCUACUACCCCGACCCCGUGUUUGAGCCGCUGAGUCCCUCCGGCGUCCUGGAGCUCAAACCCACGUCGCCACUUAUCCUCAAGGGUCGGAACCUGAUCCCGGCGGCGCCGGGCAACAGUCGCCUGAACUACACGGUGCUGAUUGGAGAGACCCCCUGCAUCCUCACCCUGUCCGAGAGCCAGCUGCUGUGUGAAUGGCCCAACCUCACCGGACAGCACAAAGUCACGAUCCGUGCUGGCGGGUUCGAGUACUCCCCCGGGACUCUUCACAUCUACUCCGACAGCCUGUUGACUCUUCCCGCCAUCAUCGGCAUCGGAGGGGGCGGCGGCCUGCUCCUGCUGGUCAUCAUCGCCGUGCUGAUCGCCUACAAGAGGAAGUCGAGGGACGCCGACCGCACCCUGAAACGUCUGCAGCUCCAGAUGGACAACCUGGAGUCUCGAGUGGCCCUGGAGUGUAAAGAAGCUUUCGCCGAGCUCCAGACGGACAUCCACGAGCUGACCCAGGAGCUGGACGGAGCCGGGAUUCCCUUCCUGGAUUACCGGACCUACGCGAUGCGGGUCCUGUUUCCUGGGAUCGAGGACCACCCUGUGCUCAAGGAGAUGGAGGUACGGGGAGGUGGAUGUGUCUGUGUGGAGAAGGCUCUCACACUGUUUGGCCAGCUGCUGACGAAAAAACACUUCCUGCUGACAUUCAUACGGACUCUGGAGGCUCAGAGGUCAUUUUCAAUGCGGGAUCGAGGCAAUGUGGCAUCUCUGAUCAUGACAGCCCUGCAGGGGGAGAUGGAGUACGCCACCGGAGUCCUGAAGCAGCUGUUGUCUGACCUGAUAGACAGAAACCUGGAGAGCAAGAACCAUCCCAAACUGCUGCUCAGGAGGUGAGCAAGAUAUGCAGAAAACAACACAAAGCGCUUAACAAAUUGGUUGAAUGUGAUGCUUGAUUCAUUUCUCAGAGAAUGCGCCGGGGAGCCUCUGUUCAUGCUUUACUGUGCCAUCAAGCAGCAGAUGGAGAAGGGGCCGAUCGACGCCAUCACAGGAGAAGCCCGCUACUCUCUGAGUGAGGACAAGCUCAUCAGGCAACAGAUUGACUACAAAACGCUGACGUUGCACUGCGUAAACCCAGAGAAUGAGAACGCGCCUGAAGUGACGGUCAAGUGUCUGAACUGUGACACCAUCACUCAGGUCAAAGAGAAGCUGCUCGACGCCGUGUACAAAGGCAGCCCCUAUUCGCAACGGCCGAAAGCGUCCGACAUGGACCUCGAAUGGCGUCAAGGCCGGAUGGCCAGAAUCAUCCUGCAGGACGAAGAUGUAACGACUAAGAUCGACAACGACUGGAAACGACUCAACACCCUGGCUCACUAUCAGGUAACAGAUGGCUCGGUGAUUGCCCUUGUGCCAAAGCAAAACUCUGCCUAUAACAUCUCCAACUCGUCCACCUUCACCAAGAGCCUCAGCAGAUACGAGAGCAUGCUGAGGACAGCCAGCAGUCCGGACAGCCUACGAUCCCGAACGCCCAUGAUAACGCCCGACCUGGAGAGUGGAACCAAGCUGUGGCAUCUGGUGAAGAACCACGACCACUCGGACCAGAGGGAGGGCGACCGGGGGAGCAAGAUGGUCUCUGAGAUCUACCUGACCAGGCUGCUGGCUACAAAAGGUACGUUACAGAAGUUCGUAGACGACCUGUUCGAGACCAUCUUCAGCACGGCUCACAGAGGAAGCGCGCUGCCUCUGGCCAUCAAGUACAUGUUCGACUUCCUGGACGAGCAGGCCGACAAACACUCCAUCACAGACUACGACGUACGACACACCUGGAAGAGCAACUGUCUUCCUCUGCGGUUCUGGGUGAACGUGAUCAAGAACCCCCAGUUUGUAUUCGACAUCCACAAGAACAGCAUCACGGACGCCUGUCUGUCUGUGGUGGCCCAGACCUUCAUGGACUCCUGUUCAACGUCUGAACACAAACUGGGCAAAGACUCGCCUUCGAAUAAGCUUCUCUACGCUAAAGACAUCCCCAACUACAAGAACUGGGUAGAGAGGUACUACUCGGAUAUCUCCCGCAUGCCAGCCAUCAGCGAUCAGGACAUGAGUGCCUAUCUGGCGGAGCAGUCCCGUCUGCACCUCAGCCAGUUCAACAGCAUGUCGGCGCUGCACGAGAUCUACUCCUACAUCAUCAAAUACAAAGACGAGAUCCUGUCGGCGUUACAGAAGGACGAACAGUCACGCAGACAGCGGCUACGCGGCAAGCUGGAGCAGGUCAUCGACACCAUGGCCUUGGCUAGCUGAGGACCGGCCGAUCACCGCGCCUCAGCUAGUGGAGAACUGGCAAACCAACACGCCUUCCCUGACAACUUUUGACGCCCCCCCCCCCGUGACAUUUUUGCCCCUCGAUGUUUAAGAUCUGUUGUUAUCACCCUCACGUAAAAGCGACCCACAGCAGCGGAUGAGACUGCGAGGACACGAGCACCCAGCAGCAGCAGCACACUGGAGAGACAGCAAAGUCUGGAACUAACGCCCCGACAGCCGGGUUUGAAUUUUUUCCUCUUAUUUAUCCUCUUCUUCUUCGUCUUCUUCUUCUUCUCUGAGCCACCGACCCUGCCAUGAACAACCAAAUCAAGCGCGCCCUCAGCCAGUACGGACCUCCGCUCAGGAGAGCAUCUAUUUUCAUUAAUCUUGAGUUCUGUGGGAGCAGCAGUUGGGUACUUUGGCCACAAUCAGGACCGGGUUCACGCACAGUUGCUGACCAAAAACUCAUCUAGCUGGAACUGAAACGCUACAAAAGAAAGGUGCCAGCUCGCAUCUUUUCACAGCCAAGGCUUCAGUUCAGACUGUGAGCCGAUAAACAUCCAGGAUAUAAAAAUUACAAUACUUGAUCCCUGUAAAAAAAAACAAAAAAACAAUAAUAAUAAUAAUUCUCUUUUCUGUUGCUGCCCUCCACGUGGAGGUCAGAGGUCAGGGACAGCUGUAGAGCAGCAGGCAGAGAUGCAGCGAGUUGCUCAAAGACACUUCAGCCGGGUGGAUGCUUAGCAACGAGCUGCUGCCAUCGCAGGGCAACCAGGAGGAAGAACUUUGCAGGGAAACUCCUCCUCCAGUACUGACUCUCCAACCCUCUCAACAAGACUCCACUGUAGUAUAACAAAGGACAUCGUCAGUUUCAUAACUCUGAUUUCUUAAUGCAUUUGAUUUCUUUUUCUUCCCCUCCUCCUCAACUGCCUUCUCUCCCCCAGUGCUGUGCCACUUGUGUUACUGCUGAAUUUGCACAACAAAAGCUAAAUCAAAAGAGAGAAGAGGAUAUAUGAAUAUAUAUAUAUAGAUAUAUAAAUACAGACUUUUUGUUUUUAAAGCAAAUGAAAAGUUGAAAAAAAAAUGUUUUCCAUUUCAAUGUACAAAAGAUAAGUUUGAGAAGAAGAUUUGAUAUUUCCAAGAUGAAAAAUUAUGAAAACACGAGGAAAAAGUCGUCCUGUGCCAUGUUUUACUUUGAAUGUUGUUUAGUGCAAAGAGACUUCUUUUCGUUAGAUGAAAUGUGCUAUGAUGAAAAUGUUGUCAUGCUUAGUGACUGACAGUGAGAGUUUAAAAAUAGGUAAAUGGCAAAUACAUAUAAAUAUAUAUAUAUUACAAACACUUUCUAUAUUUCAUGAGAUCUUGGGGCCAUUGUGUGCUACAUACUUGGCUCUAAAGAUAGCAAAAAGACAAAUGAUGUCUGGAAGCUGCCUAUGAGCCAACCAACCUACAGUGCUUUUGUGUUUGUUUUAGAGGAAACCAAAUACAUCAAGGCCUGGUCAGCUCAUUUAGAUGAGACAAGUCAUUUCUGUGUCCGCCGGCCUCAUGCUGUGGUAGCAGACUAUAGAGGCACCAGGCAGUCAUUUAAGCUGAUCCUUGGCACGCUGUGCUUUACAGCUUCUUGAUCUUGUUUUCUAGACUUCCCCUCUUGUCCGAAGCAUUUUUAAAAAGGCGUGCCAUCCAAAAUGAAGGCUAGUUUUUUUCUGUGCAGAAGAAAGUGGAACAGUAUUGUCUAAUUUUUAUUUUUAUUUUUUACUAAUUUGCAGUGAAGAUGGUAAAGCUAAAAGGGUCCAUUUUUUUUGAAAUGUGAACGUGGUUUAUGAAAAAAAAUACUGAAAUGUAGCUUGAUUUAUGUGAGUGUUUUUGUACCAGUUCAAGGCCUUUCUCUCUUUUAUUUUGUUCUGUGGAGCAGAAAAGAAAAAAGAAAAAAAAAGAAGUUCAGAUGUUUUCACCACGUGCAGCUCCACGUUUACUUGCAGUGCUUUGAAAACCAUACAUUAAUACACAAGACAUUCCUUUCUCCUCGGAGCGUGUGACGGCUACAAAAUGCAAACGAUUAACUGUUAAACAAACCAAGGUGAUGUAUAUAAGGUCAUCCAUCCUGUACAAACAGAGCACCAGACCAGACUAAUCAACCAGAUGGAUGAAAACUCCACCUAAUGGUCGUGAUAAAGUAGGAUCCAAUGCAUUAAAUGCACCUUUUAGAACAAUAGGACUUUAAAGGAAGCAGGUACCGAUGUCUUCAAAUCAUUUACUUUUUCUUCCUCUUCAGCAGUGCUUCCCUCAGAUUUUUUUCCGUGCGGCAGAGUGGAAAGAAGUCUUUAACUAGCUUAAAUUGAGUCUUCGGUACAGUUCCGUUGGCUUUGAAGAGCUCCGGAGCUACAUUAAGGCCCUUGCUAAUGGGUUUUCUCUAAAGGUGGAAGUCAAUAUAACCACGUGGUCAGUUGUCCGAAACGGUUCACUAAGUUUGAGAAGAAGAAAGUGAAAGAUGGCAACAAAUCAACUGGAAGAUAUUUUUGAAGCAGCAUUUUUGGUGCUCUAGUUGCAAAAUUGUUUAGCUUAGCAUUAGCAUUUACAGCAAAGGACAACGUUAAACUAAAUUACCCACCCUGUCACAUGAUCUACAGUCCAUAUUAUUGAUACAGGUGCGCUUCCACUUGUUGAAUUACAUUCUUUUGUUUGUUCCGACAAAGACCAGCAGCAGCAGUUAGCGUACUAAAUGGUGUUAAAUUACACCUUUUAUAAAGCACUAGAUGGACGACAUUUGGUGCGACAGUUGCGUUCCAGCCACGUGACCUUGUGGUAGAUUUACACAUCUGGGCCCCUUUUUGUUGACCAGAAAUCCCUUAAAUAGAAGUUUUAUUAAAUAAUAAUGACACUAUGAUCAGAAUGUGAUGGAAACAACCUCAACUUCCUGUUGCAGUACUUGACCACUGAAUGGUGGUUUCCAGUUAUACCCACGUGGAGAUGAACAGUCAACUCUUACCUACUGUGGUACCUCCAGCACACACACUCCUCCUUCUUUGUCCAUGAUUUUAUAUUGUCAGGGAUGUUUUUUUCCACACACGGACCUGUGCCAACCCUCACGCCACCAAACCAAACACAUAUUGCUCCUGUCAAAUAAAAACUCUCGAGUCCAACAAAAAGUACACUUGAUGAAUUCCCCCUGUAGAAAACCGAGAUUGCAUUCAAAUCUCUGUCAUUCAGUGUUUUUAUCUGACGGCGCAAAUAUGUGUCAGGACAGAGUGAAACGUACUGUAUGUGCUCCAAUACUUGAACCACUGAUCUACACAGGGUAAAAACGACAUACAGGGCGGGCUGACCAAAGCUUUUUUUUCAUCGACAUCAGGAGAAACAACUCUGUCAUGAGAGAUUACCUUUGAUCCAUCUGCUUUUCAGUUCUUCCACAAAAACAAGUUUAGGGCUCAUUGAGGGUAUUUAGCGUCUGUCUUUAUUCUUGAUGAAUGGUGAAAUUGAGGCAACGCUACUUCCAUGUACAGGCCCUCAUUAACACAUUCUGUUCAGUUUCAGUGAAUGACUGAGGAUGCGGGCCGUCGCAUUGAUGCUUAACCGCUAUUCACUCGCUCAAUUGUUCUUUUGAUGAAGACUUUUUUUUAGCGAUCUUACUAGAGAAAUGAGGCUUAGUUAGUACCCCUAGGAUGGCUUUGUAGGGAGUUUUAAAAAAAAAGUUCCGCAAGAUGGAGAGAUAAGGCCCUCUUGGUCUCUGGUGCUUUUGUUUCUUCGUUUUGCUUCUUGUUUUCUGCUUCAGCACUUGUUGGGGUAAAAGAUGAAAAGACUCGGGCAAGGCAGAGGAAGCGCUUUGAAGGCUACAGUACCGCUUCAUUUUCCAUUCCAUCACAUCUGUGGUGUUUUUUUUUUUUUCUUCUUCCACAUAGAAAAAGACGGUUAUGAAGGAGGGUGGAGUGAGGAAAAGGAAAAGGGUUGAAGGCGGGAGAUUCUCUCAGUGAUUGACUGACGCUGAGGUGUUCGCUGUGCCUCGUCAGCCUCUUGCCAUAUAGAAAAUUGUGUAUUUUUUCCAUACACUUCAAAGGUAUGAUUCAAAAUGUGUGUCAAAAACAAAGUACAGAACACAUUUCUUAUAGAAAGUGAGAUUAUAGCAUUGGUACCGGAUGUGUUUAGCCUAACGUCAUGUAAACUAGCUAAGCGAUAGCCUGGCUUAUUAGUUGACAUGAAAUCUCGCAAGCUGAGUAGCACAUGUAUUUAACAGUACAUAAUAAUACAUGCAGCGUACAUAAAGCAAAGUGUAUAAACAAUACAUGGUUUUAGGGAGUAUUCCAGAGUAUGCCGGAAAUGCUAUACGCUGCGCACAGUGAAUGUAACAAAGAAGCUACUACGCUCUAUAACUCCCGCUACAACCAGAAAUUACCUUUUUUGUUUGAGAUAUUGUUUAACAUAUAUUUUAAAGUUUUUAUCUUGCUUUAAAGUAUCUAGUGUUGUCUUAAUGCUAGCAUUAGCAUAGGCUAAGCUAACUACUGUACGCCCCGACUACAACUCUGUAUUUAGCAUACUGAAGAUUGAAAUUGAAAGACUUGAGCCAUUUUUUUAAAUGUUAAAAAUGCACUUAUUCGCUUUCUUCCCAGGGUUUAGGGAAAAGACCAAUGCCACUCUCAUAUAUGUCCGUUACUAAGAAGCUAGAGCUAGGAGAUGAUCUGCUUGGUUUAGCAUUAAGACUGGAAGGAAAAGGGGGUAAAACAGAGUUCUGUCUGAGUUAGCUUAGCUAGCUAGCUAACAUUUGUUUUAAUAUAUAACACAAACAAAAUAACACUGCUAGUUUCUCCUUCCUUGUAGUCUUUCCCAUAAUUAAAUUUAAUUAUAAUCACCAGGAAGAAAUCUCCGGCAGAACCACAAUCAGGGAGGGCAGCCAUGUUCCUCGACCGGUUGGGGUAAAUGGGAGAUGGACAGCAGACAGAAAACACCUGGGAGGUUGUGAGAACAGUAAAUGCAGAUCAGAAACAUGUAGCUGUACAUUGAGCACAAAAUUCAAAGUUCAGUAGAGACAAGACAUAAAGUUAGUUACAUGCAAUGGUGACACGCUAGCUAUGCUAAGCUAACAUAUUGCUAACAUAAGACGCACAGGCAUGAGAGUGGUAUCAAUCGUCUUAUCUGACUUGAAGUAAGAAAGUUAAAAAAAAAAAAGGCAUUUCUAUAAAAUGUGAACUUCUUCCUAGUUCUCAGGAACUGACACCAUUUUGAAAGCCAUCUUUAAAAUCAGAAGUGUAUGUGAAAUGUACCUAUUUUCCAGUAUGGGCUGCACCCUACAGAGGAACACCACUCCGCGGCAUGAGAACUUGCCCUCAUCUGCCCUUUUUCUAACCCCUGCCCACCAAACAGCAACAAUCACAGGUUUCUCAUCCCUGCAGUUCCAGCUCUCCAGCUUCCUCACCUGCUGAGUUCACUUUGAUUAAAGUACAUUUCAGAGAUGGAGCAGAGGACAUAAAAUACCUUCACACACAGAUUAAAGAGGAGAGAGGUAGAAAGAAAAAAAAAAAAAAGAAAAAAAGAAAAAAAAAUACCUUAAAGAGUUUUAAUACUUUAUGAAUUCUGAUACCUUUUUAAGAGUUUCAGACUUGAAGCUGCUGUGACAGGUUUUGGCUGUUUCACGCCCGUGUAAAUAUCCUGCUCUUUCCUAUUUUGCAGAUUUAUUACGUGUAAAUAGACACGCAUCAAGGAGAGAUUAAACAUGUUUUUUGCUAAA